UUAGCUGAACUCCCUCGGGCAUGAAUCCAAAGAAGAAUUAAGCAAAGGGGAAACUUGUGAAAAGCAAACCUAUAAAAGGAACAAUGGCACCGGCCGAAUCGCGCAGUUUUUGGGACGAUCGCAGGUCACGCGGAUCGAUUAGGCCUUUGCGCAGGAGGACACGAACGCUAAUUAACGCCAUGAUUUCCGAACUCGUUCUAUCCAUAUUGGUGCUUUCGAGCUUGCUUUUGAUUAAUGCAAAACCGGACGGAUAUGCACACUCCUUCCAACAUUUUCACGGGCCAGUGAUGGGCGACGAGCACGAAGUCAGCUGGAACGACGAUCACGGACAUCACCAUGAGGACUACGUCGCUCAUCCCCAUUAUGCCUUUUCGUACGGGGUCGAGGACCACCAUACAGGCGAUUAUCACGGUCAAAAGGAGCAUAGGAACGGCCCAGAAGUGUUCGGGGAAUAUACUGUGAAGGAACCAGAUGGCAAUAUCAGAACAGUGAAGUAUCAGGCGGGAGACGACGGAUUUCAUGCUCAAGUGUACAACAGCCAUCGACGCGAUCAUCAUGAUCACGAUGAUUAUUAGUCUGUACAAUUGAA